AUUAGUCCAGAAGAACCUUCUGAAGCAUUAAGAGUAUAUUGGCGCUGCUUCCAAUUUUCUUCUGACAAAAUGAUUUUGAAAAGUUUGUUAUUUUUACUGGCUGUACAAGGAAUUUUUACAGCCGCCCCAUGCCGCACGCCUACCGACCAAACCGGCGACUGCAAACCCAUCACCGACUGCCCAGCGCUCCUGUCGCUAGUCCAGAAGAGACCCAUCUCCGAAAUGGACGCCCUCUUACUCAGAAACUCGAACUGCGGCUUCCACGGCGUUGUCCCCCAUGUGUGUUGUCCAGUCGAAUCUUCCGCUCCACCAACCAUAAAUCUUCCAGAACCCACGGAAGCUACAGGUGUGGCAGGCAUUUCCACUGAACUGCUUCCUGACUUCGAUACUUGUGGGAUCGACACCCAGAGCAAAAUCUACGGGGGAGAGAACACAGAGUUGGACGAGUUUCCGUGGUUGGCGUUGCUGCAAUAUCGGAAAGCGAAUGGGGAAAAAGCGUUCUUAUGUGGAGGAGCUUUGAUUAAUAAUAGGUACAUUCUGACGGCAGCACACUGCGUGCAUCCGUGGCAGUUGGCGAAGGAAGGGUUAAAACUGCUAGGUGUUCGUCUAGGAGAAUACGACACUGAAACUAAUCCGGACUGCUUGAUGAGCAGAUUUGGUGAUGUAGACUGCGCUCCGGAACCUGUGAAUUUUGGCAUAGAACAGAAAAUCGUGCAUGAGAGGUACUCUUUGGAUAUUAACAACCACAACGAUAUUGCUUUGUUGAGGCUCAACCGAAACGUGGAUUUCACAGAUUUCGUACAACCAAUCUGUCUCCCGCUCCAAGCUAAAGAAAUGAAGAAGACCUACGUAGGACAAAAACUUGUCGUGGCUGGAUGGGGAGCUACCGACAAUAAAACAAGAGCGAGUCCUGUUAAAUUAAAAGUCCAACUGCCUGUUAAGCCUCUACACGACUGUAACAGAACAUAUUCCAAUUUAAAGCCACACAAGGCCAUUUUGAGCCAAAAUCAGAUGUGUGCUGGAGGUGAAAAGGGAAAAGAUUCUUGUAGAGGGGACAGCGGAGGACCUUUGAUGACUAUUGUUUUGGAUAAGUACAGAAUCCCCCAUUGGGUUGCUGCUGGUCUUGUGUCUUUUGGACCGAAAGCGUGUGGACAGGAAAAUAUUCCUGGGGUUUAUACGCAAGUCUCGAAGUAUAUGACCUGGAUAGUUGAUAAGCUUAGAGUGUAGACAGCUGUAUUACAACCAAAAGCCAUCUUGGAAGUGGUUAUCAUAUUUGUAAUUUUCGAAUAAUUUAUUACUUCUGUAUAUACUACAAAUCCAAUGGCAGAGUCUUAUUAUUAUAUUUGUUUUAAUGUACAGAGGUUAUCAUAAAUAAAUGCUUGGAAAAUCA